AUGACCUCUGUCAAAUCAGACUCAGAGGAUACCGGAGAUGGCGAGCUUGCCGAACAGCUGGAGGUGGACAAGGACCAAUCCUCCCAUAAAACACCUCGCACACCGACCAGGAAGGUCAUCAAGACUGGGAUUCGCGACCAACGACCGACUCCUGGGAGAAAGGCUCCUCCUCGAGGAUCUCCCCCAACCGCAUUUCGGCUGGAGACCGACCUGGAGAGCAUGAGGAAUCCUUCGCCGCUGCCUCCACCUGCGAAGAAACGGCCUCGCGGCUCGCCUACUUACGACGCCGCAGGUUUCGAGCUCGACUAUGGCAAGGUGGCUGACUGGAUGAAACCACAACCCUACGACAAGGAAAGAACAAUGAGGGGUAUGGAUAAGGCUGUUGAAAAGGCGAGGCGGGAGAAAGCCGGAAUGGCAGAAAUCUUCUUCCGAAGAGGCCCAGCUCCGCAGGACCCUGGCCCGCUUGAAGUAGAUUUCUGGAAAGAUCGCGUGUCAAAAGACCUGGGCAUCCCCUUUCACAAGAUCGACGCUGCUGCUUUUGAAGAAUGGGAGCGAAGGGGGUUUGAAAAGCAAUGGCCUUCGGAUUGGGAGUCCUUCACGGACGAAGAGAAAAAGCGAAUUCGCCGGAUGCAGGCGGGAUGUACGCUCAGGAAGUGA